AUGUUUGGCGGGUCAUCCAAUUUUAAUUCGAAACCGUUAUUCGGUUCGACGACCUCCAUGUCGUCGACGCCGGUCGCUACUUCCAGUACUCCAGACGAUAUCUUGGUUAGUUUGUCCAAAAAGAUUGCAAAAAAAGCCUCAGAAAUGGUUAAGAGUGUGGUCCACAGUAUACUUAGGCGUGGUGCAUAGUUUUUCAUCAUAGGCUGGGCGUGGAGGGGAGUCGAACGCGCGCAGCGCUCAUCGACACGCUUGACUCCUAUCCACUGCGCCACGCGAGAAUCUCGUGGCCCUGGAGGUGCGCGGCCGCUAUGUCGUAUCACGGGGGAAGUGUGUAAUGAAGGCACAUAUUAACAAGAAGAAAAAAAAAUUUUUUCUGUCAAUAUUGAAGUAAGAGGAAGUGCUCGCCUUUCUAACAUAGAGAAUAAAUGCAAAAAUUUAUUUAAAUGUUCCUAAAAAUAUUUCGAAAAAAUUGCGUCUUAUAUCGUUAAAAAGUCUUAUCCGAAAAAAAGCAGUGAAAAGAAACGCUUGAGCUUGCACUUUUUUGGAACAUUAUCUUUUCAGAAAAAAAGCUACUUUAAAGAUACUUUGGGCGUUGUCCGUGAUCAACUGACGCUGCUAGGUGAAAAGAAAGUUCUGAGGACUUGUAUAUUUUUAUGUUUUCCUUUAAGGAAGUUUUGACGGAGUCGACCGGAAUAAGUUCAAUCCAUUAGUUCUCUGAAUAAAAUGAGGUUUUGAUCAAGGCGAAAAGAUUUCAUGGUUUUUGUACGGAGUUGAAGGCAGUAAGAAAAUUUUUUGAUUUUGUUUCAGUUUCAAUUUUAAUUACUCUCAUUGGAAGUAUUGAAAUUUCCCUCUUUCCAGGUAGAAGGAGCUCCAGAUGAUACAGUACAGGUGCUCAGAUUCAGUCCUUCUACAACGGAGAAGCCGUUGUUAGCAGCUGGAAGCUGGGAUGGUGUUCGUUCUUUUCGGAAAAUAACUAAUUUUUCGUUCUUUUCAAAUUUCGAUAGCAACAUUUCUUAUUAAUUUUUUUCUAGCAUUUCAAAGGCUCAAAAAGAAAUGCAGCAAAAAUGGUGCAUGAAAGCCUAUGGAAUGCCGAACAAAGGCAGCAAAGUCUUUGUCAUCUUAACAGAAAAGGUUCUAUUGAGUCUUUUUCGACUCUUGAAAGAGUUUCAGUAGAUUCUGACCUUUUGGAGCGAAGUUAGAACCAAAGAAAACUGGCCUAUUUUUAAAAUUUCUUUUUCAUUUUGAAGGUUGUUCGAGUUUGGAUGAUCAACGACAACGGGCAGAGCGACGGCAAGGCGCAGCAAAAUAUUCCGGCGCCGGUAUUGGAUUUGGCCUGGACCGAGGUGGCUCGUCAAUCCAUUUGCCAUAUUUAUUAGAGUAGAAUCUUCUUAUGAGCUCUGAUUCUAAGAUUCUUUCACGAAAAGCUCACAGAUCACUUUGUUGGAGGGAUUUACAUUAAUCUCAUACUCGAUAAUUUGAAAAAUUUACGAGGGGAAAAACAAACAAAAAAUGAGCUGGGAAAUUGAAGGGAACUUUUAAAAUUGGUCUGUAUGACAUAAUACAACUGAAAAAGUCUAGAAGUCGCGAAUCGAGGAAAGGUAUCGCGAGACCCUCUAAGGUAUAUCGCGGGCUUUGAAGUCUAUCGAUGGCACCUCGAGUAUAUCUCUGUGGACUUUGAGAAAAAUGAGAUAGACUCGAUGUCGACUCUGAAGUACCUCCAAUAUGGCUCAGAUAUAGCUAAAAGGUAUGCCGGAGAUCUCAAGAUGGACACAUUAUGGGGUCUUCAAGAUCCAUUUUGAGAGCUACCUUUGUGGACACCUUACCUUCCCGAUUCGCCUGUGAUAAUAAACGUUUCGGGAAGGAUUUGAUUGUUUUUAUUUCUUCUUUCACAAAAGAAAAAUUUAUUGAGCUGGCUUGAGCCAUUGAGAAGUGGGUCCUAAGACGGUAAUAAAGGAGAUAGUGCCUGGUUGGUGGAGAGUGCAGACAGGCUACAAAUUGAUCUUUUUUCAAUAGUUUUAUUCAUAAAAUAGCGCAAAAAUCGUUACAUGCAUCAAAAAAAGUCAUUUAUCUCUCAUUUUAAGAUGAAAGAUCCAAGAUUCCAUCUGAAAGGGAUAGUUUCCCAAAAAAAAAAAACUCACUUUAAGAGCGUUUUUCACAAGAAUAAGCCCGAAACAACUCACAAUCCUUGCCUACAUAACCUGCCUUUUAUUAGAAGAAAGGAAUUUCCAGGACGGUUCAAAGAUUUUCAUCGCCGCCGCCGACAAGGACGUCCGACUGUGGGAUUUGGCAUCGAAUCAGGUAUAUUUUGAUGAAAAAUCGAAUCUUUAAGAAGAAAAAUUUGAAGGUCGCCGUGGUUGGAACGCAUGACGGGCCAGUGAAAACUUGCCAUUGGAUAAAUGGUAAAUAUAAUGUAGGAAAAAAUGAUCAAAAUGAAGAGGAGAAAAUGGAAACAUUUGAAAAAAACCUUUCUCUAUUGAAAACUCAAACUUUUACCUGGCAAAGUCCAAUGAAACCACUGAAAAUUGUCAGAAAUUUCACGGAUUGAAAUCGAAAUUCACGCGUUUCUCGGCUCAAUAAUGACGGAAUUAGAGUAUUUCAUAAAAGUUAUAUGUUUCGCCAUGAAUUUUGUGCAGAUUUUGAAUUCAGAGUUUCAGGUAACAAUUAUCAGUGUCUGAUGACCGGAUCCUACGAUAAAACGCUCCGAUUUUGGGACAUGCGGAAUUUGCCGACGCAAAACUCGUUGACAAAUAUACAGGUCGGAAUUGGAAGAUUUUAGUGAUUUUGCACAAGUUUUCAUAUUACUUACUGGUUUUUUUGUUGACUUUUGACUGACUAAAAGUCAAAAAGAAGCUUCCUAGAAAUUUUCCGAGGAAAUAUGGAGUUGUCGAAAAACUUUCUAUAAAAUUUCCGAGGUAACUUUAUUUCUCUGAAAAAGUUCUAAAAAAUGCACGGGGUUCCAAUCUUGCUUCCGUGCGAAUUUGAAAUUCCUGAAAACUUCAAAUGGAAAUUCCUCAAUCGGAAAGCUAAAAAAACCUUAAAUUAAAUGUUGAAUAUCAUUCAUUGCAUUUCUCAUCGCGUUUCUGGUCAGUUAUAAUCUUUGAGAGACAUCGAAAGCACGAAAUUCCGUCAAUUCGAACUUUUAUUCCGUAUAAUUCAAUUGAUAUUUCCAUCUAAGAUUUCUUUAUCGGAUUGCUCAGAAGUUCCCGCAAAUUCGAAUUUUACUUCUAUUUUACACUGGAAACUCAAAAAAAAACCGUAAGUUUAUAAUUUUUUUGAAAGUCGGAUCAAAGAAAGAAGUUAGAAUUUUGAGAUUUUUAUGAGUGUAUUAGCGAAAAUUAGUGUCGGAAAACAAUUUUUUUCCGUUCGACUGAAAAACUUAUCAAUCGUUGUGGCGAUUCUCUAUUUUCAGUUACCCGAACGAGUUUACGCGGCCGACGUUAUUUAUCCGAUGGCUGUCGUGGCCCUUGCGAAUAAAAAUAUCAAGGUUGCUUUUCAAAAAGUUGAAGAAUGAUUUUACUGAAGUUUUUUCAGGUGUACAACCUGGAAAACGGCCCAACGGAGGUGAAAAACAUCGAAAGUCCGUUGAAAUUUCAGGUUUGGAGCCAAAUUUCAAUGAGUCGACGGAAAAGAAACUAGUUUUUUUCAUUGGAGUGUACAUUUAAAAAACGUAUCCGUGAGUAAAAUUGCUCAAAAAUGGUAAAAUCAAUACUUAGGAGGAUAUAUAUUAUUUGAAAAAAAUGAGUAAAGACCAUUAAAAAAAUAGUUAUUUGAACGUUUUUUUGAAUUUUUUUCUCCAGCUGUAAAGUUGAAGAAAGAACUCUGAAAGCAAAAAAAGUUAUCAGCAGAGUAUUGUUUUGCAUCUUUUUGAGGUCGUUUUUUUUUCUGUUGUGUCCAUAAAUUCACCGUCUCGUAACACACUAUAUUUAUCGUUCCUUUUCAGAUCCGAUGCAUCGCCAUUUUCAAAGACAAGAGCAACACGAAUCCGUGCGGUUUUGCAUUAGGAACUAUUGAAGGUCGAGUUUAUUCCACGACUUUCAGAGAACGAUUCAAAGAUUAUCAUAGGAUCAUUUUUAUCGGAAAAGCCGUCAAAAACGGUUCAAAGUCCUCGCAUAAAAACUGUUUUUAUUGAGAGAGAAAAAGUAAAAUUUCCUUCAAUAAAUAGUCGUUCACAUUCUCAAUUUCCAUUGAACUGAUCAAAAAAAUGUUGAAGGACGUGUUGCGAUACAGUACGCGGAAGCCGCGAAUCCCAAGGACAAUUUCACGUUCAAAUGUCACAGAUCCGCCGAGCUCGUCAAUGGUUAUCAGGAGAUUUACGGGGUGCGUUUGAAAAAAAAAACAUGAAAAAGAAAAAGAACAUUUUUUUCAUAUAAAAACGAAGUCUAAGCGAAAAAUAAAUUUGAUAGGUUUAGAAAAUCUUAACAGGAAAAGUAUUAGUAGAAGUUUUUUCUUUUUGAAAUUAUGUGAAAAAGCGAAAAAUGUUUGAAAUUUCUAGUGGGCAAAAGCAAUUCUCUGAAGAGUUUUGACAAAAUUUUUGGAAGAUAAGAUAUUAUGAAAUUUAAAACUCGUUUUCCCAAGGAAAAAGUGAUGAAAGUGGUAAUUUUCGUAUUUUUUUUUUGAUUUGAAUCACCAUAGGGUAGGACUCGUUUUUUUAAUCAUAAUUAGUGUGAAAUGAAUCUUAAAAAUGGAGGGCUGAAAACCCGAAAACUUGAAUCAGCAUAUGGUGAUUUAACUCAAAAAAUAGGCCUUGGAUCUUUUAAAUGUUCCUUAAUUUUAAGUUUGAAGUUUAUAGCUUUUUUUCUCAUUUCUUCAUUUCAUCUCGAUUUCUUGUUUCCAUGGUCUUUGAUUCAAGCAGGAAACGCGGAAAUUUCGUUUUUCAUGGAUCUUUCGGAAUAGCCGUUUAUUUUCGAAGGAUUUGCGCUCCGUUGAACCUGUAAGAGCGACUUCGGGUCAUUUUUGGUUGUCGGAAACCGCUUGAGUGAUCACUUGAUGGCUUAGAACCGGUAGAAAGGACAUCUGGUUUUUAUCAUAUUUAGUGUGAAAGGAAUCCCUAAAAUGGAGGGGUGAAGAACCGAAUACUUAGAAAAAGAGUCUUUCCAUCGAAAAACGAGUUUUCUUCUUUUCCUUCUGUCCUUCUGCGAAAUCCUUCUACGUUUCAAGCUGUUUUUGAAGUUCAAUUUAUUAAUAAAUUUCGGUAACUCAACCAUAAAUCGACCCCUCAUAAAUUGAAACUGCGAGGAUUUGCUUGUUGUUUGGUUCAUAAUAAAGCGAGGACGGAUGUCUGGAGCAACGUGGGCCGAAUGUUCGGCGAAGCGUGGCAUCAGCUCCGAGUGGAGUGGGCCGAAUUUUCGACGUUUUUGCAGAAAAUGUGAAUAUUUUGGACGAGUCACGGUGAUGAGUGAUUGCAACGGGAAAGAAACGAGAAACAAUUUCUUUGUUUUCUCGCAUGAAGUUCAAUCUUUUUGAAACUUUUUGGAGCUUUUUUUUUCUGAAAGUUGAAUUCUAUCGUUGUGUUAAAAUAUUAGUUUUCUCUCUUCCAGAAAACUUCAGGAUUGAGCUUCUUAUAAGAAAAUUGUGACCAAAUUUUUUUUAUUUUUUUCUCACUCUAUGGUAGGAAGUUUGAUGAAGCCAUUUUGAAAGUUAAAAUUGAAAGUUAAAACGAAAAUUCAUAAUCCAUUUUGCCGAGUGUGUGCGAUGCAUUUUUACUGCCUGUCUAUUUCUUCAAAUUUUAUUUACGUUUCCUGUCUAAAAUAUCACUUAUAUUCCAAAUACUACGAAACGAUCACAUGGCUUAUAGCUGUUUGCCCUUAUGGUCUGAACUUUAAAUUCGGCGUAUACGUGAUCUAUCAGAUCGCGUGAGCCGAUCUCACGAGCUUUGCGUAGUGAGACUCAUUCCCAGCUGUUCAAAGCUCUUCGGUCGACGCGACUGAUCAUCAGAUCGGUCGGGGUCCUGUCGGAGUCAGACAGGAUCCUGGUGAGAACCAGGAGAUCUCGUUCACCUGGUUCGAACCGAAAAUCGGAUUCAGCAUGGAACCGAGGUCUGAGGCCCUGUGCUACAGAUCGGUCGGGGUCCUGUCGGAGUCAGACAGGAUCCUGGUGAGAACCAGGAGAUCUCGUUCACCUGGUUCGAACCGAAAAUCGGAUCCAACAUGGAACCGAGGUCUGAGGCCCUGUGAUAAACAACCCACAGGGACCGCGCUUAAACCAACGGAGACUGAUAUCCGUAAAUUAAGCGAAAGUGGAUCCGUGAAGGAACCAAGGCCCGGGGUCUCACUGACAGUCAGAGUCACUACCCGGACCAGAGCAACAAGAAACUGUUGAUCCCAAAUAGGACCAAUUCUGGAACUCCGAAGUAAAUUUCGUCGAGAUCCGGGUCCUCGGGAACGAAUCAGGCAAGGACAAAGAAGUUUGUCAACCUGAGGAAAACCAGUUGAGGUUUCCAGUAACAAACUGAAGCCGUUGGUUAUGCCUAUAUCAGACACGAGGCGAUUGGCAACAGGAAGUGCAAUCCUGAACUAGCCAGAUGCAUGUCACCUUGAGAAACCAGGGUUCGACUAGAAUCCUAUGAAAGAAUGCAGAUUAUUCAAUCCAUAAAUCCGCAAGGAUUCUACGCACUUUGAUCAUAGUGCCCCAGAAGCUGAAAUUUCUGGAAACAUGAUUCUGUCUGACGGUGUAGUACUUCUUGGAGAAGAGAAGGCGUCAGAGGAGUUUCAUUGCGAUCCUCGCUGAGUGAGAAGCGGUUAUCAGAACCCACAUUCCAUGAGGAAAGAGGAUAACAUACAAGGCAGAAGUAUCCGCAAUGAAGCACAGAGGUAUGCUGGAAAGCAGUAAGAUAUGCUGAUGAUAAGCCAGGUUCAUAACUGGGCUGCCAACUCCAGGAGAUACAUACGCGCUCGCAACAAAGAGAGCGGUAUCUCCAGUUCCUGAACAGAAGGAUAAAACGAAAAUUCAUAAUCCAUUUUACCGAGUGUGUGCGAUGCAUUUUUACUGCCUGUCUAUUUCUUCAAAUUUUAUUUACGUUUCCUGUCUAAAAUAUCACAUAAUUCACAUGAAUCGUUUUUCAGAAAUCACUUUAAUUGAUUAACUAAAGCAAAUUUCGAACAAAGAACUCCCAUAAAGUGAUCAUUUCCGCAUAUAAGUCUCAAACCCAACGCGUACGCUUUGCACACAACUUUGAACACCGCGUACCGCCGAGAAAAAAGAGGCAUUAUAUAUUUACCAAAUGAGAAAUAUAUUCGUUUUCUGUGAUAAUGAUAAUAAUGAUGAGCUUUUCCUAGAUCUGAACAGAAACCAGGAAGAAGUUCGAUGAAUCGCAACGUUUGGUUGUUUUAUUGAAACACUCAGAAAAAAAAAAACUAUUAUUAGCCUUAUUUUUUCACGCUAGACAGACCCCUCGAUCCUUGAGCUUCGCCCUCAUUAUGUGAAUUUUGCGUCUGUGUGGGUGUUCAUUUCUCGGAAAAGAUCCCCACGUCGCGUCUUCUUCAUCUUAGUUUCUCCAUGUGUGUGUGGGCCAAAUCCGCUGGGAUCAACUGAAAUCGAAGAAAGUCGCCUACGCGUUCGUAUUUCGGGGCCUCGUCUCUUGUUUCAAGGGUUCUUCCCUUUCUGGGUGUGGGCAAUAGCCAAAUUUAGAUUAGUUCGAACUUUCUGUGAUUUAUAAUUUAUAUCGUAUUUUUGAAGAUUGAGUAGAGCUGGGGACAGUAGGAGUAUGACUCAGAAAAAAGAAACCGCUUUUGGUGGGAAAAUCAGAAAUUUUUUUGAAAACAGGCUGGGCAAGGUUUGGGAUUGAAAAAAGGGGAACUUCAAAGACUUCAAGAUUUUUGGUCGCAUUUGGAAUGUCUUAUCGCACUGCAGCUCGAAAAUUCAUUAAAACUUGCCCUUGGAUUUUCUUCGUCUGAAAAAUAGAUUCGAAAGAUUCGAGAGUUUUUGAGGGGCCCUCUGUGGAUGAGAAAAAGCUCCAAAAAAAGUUUGAGAAGACAUGAGCCAGUUUUCUAAAUCAGUGUGUAAAAUGUUAAGAAAGUUUUGGAAAUACAACGUUUUUCAAAUAUCAGAUAAAUCACUUUCGAAAUGUUCAUUCUACUGAUAAGAAAGUUCAAUAAAUACUGAUUCUAGGUGAACGACGUGGCGUUCCACCCGUCUCACGGCACUCUGGUGACGAUCGGCUCCGACGGCCGCUACUCGAUGUGGGACAAGGACGCGAGGACCAAGCUGAAGACGUCGGACAGCCAUCCGAUGCCGUUGACCUGCGCCGACGUUCAUUCCUCCGGCCAGAUCUUGGCCUACGCUCUUGGAUACGACUGGAGUCGGGUAAGUGACUCGACGUCUGUCCUAAUCUUCGCUUUUUUCCAAAAAAAAAAAGGAUGAGGAAAAUAAUGUUUUCGGGUACAGUUGCGUCAGAAAAUCCUAACUUUGUUUUUAGAGGUUCAAUCUUUCGGAAACCUUCGGAGUCAGAUUUUUACUGGAAGUUUAAAUUUCCUCUUUUUAUCAAAAAUAAUACAUAUAGCUGGCGCGGAAUAAGCUUAUCACAACUCCAGAAAGCUCCACGGAAGCUCCAGCUUUUUUUUGUUUUUUUUUUGGAGCCUUGCGCUUCUAAGCUUUGAAUCUUCGUCUUUAUUCUAGAUUUUGCGAGAAGGUUUAAAAAUAGAGCAGAAUGGAUGCGAAAAGGUCCAUUUUGUAUCCAUCCUGCCGUCUCUGAAAAAUAUCAAGAUUUUAUUAGGUAGAUCAUAAUCAGAUGAGUUUUCAGGGCCACGAGGGCAACACCCAGGCGGGCGGAGUCAAAAUCGUCUUACACAAAUGUUUUGAAGACAUGAAACCGCGCGCAAAGAAGUGA